AUGCCUCCUGAGAAGCCCUUCGGAACUCCCGCGGACAGGCCCGCGGGCAAGCCUCCUGGAAAGAGCCGAGCGAGACGCGGUCCGCGGCGGCGCGGCGAGCGCGGCGAGCGCGGUGAGCGCAGCGGCAGCAGGCCCAGCUCGGCCUCGAGCACGAGCCCCAGCAGCGCGUCGAGCGCCGCACCGCAGAGCCCCGUGUCGUCCGCAUCGCAAGGUCCCACAUCGCCCGCGGACGACAAGUCCGCAGGGUUCUCACCCUCGCAACAGCGCGCGAUCUUCUACUCGCGCCAGGUCACCAAGCACUCCGCGCAGCACAAGAACUACUCGCACGUCCCCUGCCGCUUUUUCCGGCAGGGCGCGUGCCAGGCGGGCGACUCGUGCCCCUUCUCGCACUCCCUGAACGCGCUGGCCGCGGACCAGACGCCGUGCAAGUACUUCCAGCGCGGCCACUGUCGCUUCGGGGCCAAGUGCGCCAACGCGCACAUCCUGCCGGACGGCACGCGCGCGAACCCUACCAAGUACCGGGGCGCGCCUGCGAGUGCGCCUGCGAGCGCACCCGCAAGCUUGCCGCUCGGCGAGCCGCUGGGCGGGCCGUUGGGCGCGCAGCUGCGUGGUGCCGCGCUUCCAGACGCCGUGUUCUCGCGCAACAAUGCGUACUGCGCAGGCGCCUUCUCCAGCAGCGCGCCCGGGCUCGCACCCGCGGCGCCGCUCCAGCCCUACUUUACGGACGCGUCCGCGGUGGUGUUCGAGGACGACGCGGACCCCGCGGGCCCCGCGGACUCUGCGUGCGACUUUGACGGCGAGGACUUUAUCCCCGGCGAGCUCGCGGACCUACUGACGCCGCGCGAGCUGGAGCGCCGGCGCUCUUCACUGCCCCACCGGCUGAGCUUCAACGACUCGGGCCCCGGCCCCGCGGCCCCGCUGCCAGCGCCGCUGUCCGCGUCGGGCCACUCGCCCAACUACCUGGCAUCGCCCGUGUUCGACUACGUCCACCAGCGCGACGCCGCGUGGCCCGCGGACCCGCCGUCGCUCGCGAGCGUCCACGAGCUGGGCGCUCACCUGGCAAGAAUCAAGAUCCCGGAAAAUAGCGACUCGCGCGCCGCAGGCAUCUCCUUGUAA